UGGGGAAAAAUAGAAUGGGCCAAAUCUUCCGAAACUGUAUGGCCCAUAAAGCUCCGGAAAUUUUUUUUGUUAAAAAUAAAAAUUAAAAAUAACCUUGUAAAGCUAACGUAUUCAUUAUUGAUUUGUCUGUCAUUAUUUUAUAUCACCUCCAUGUAACGGCCAAUCUUCAUUCUCCAACGGUCGAAAUUGCAAAAUUUGAACACCCUUCGCACUAAAAAGGAAACCCCAAAAAAGACUCAUUUCUUACUCUUUAUAUCUCCAAAAUUCAUAAUUUGAAAACUUUCAUCAACAUUUUUGAGUAACAAUUCAAGCAAUUGAUUGAUUUUUUUUUUUCUUUUUUUUUUCUCAUGGAAAACUGCAAAUUCGACGAAUUUACCAAAAUAGAAACCCUAAUUCCGGGCAUUUCAUCUUCUGGGGUUUUGGAUUGGGAGAAGAAAGAUCCACCUGAAAUUCACCAACAAGAUGUUAUGGUCGAAACAACCCUAAUUGAAGAAUUUAAGGAUUCCCAAAUGAACGAUUUUCAAGAAUUUUCUGGGGAUUCUAUGGUUUGCGACCCGAGUUCGAAAUUAGUUCCAAAUGGGUUUUCAAGAUCUUGUUGUACAGAGGACAUAAUCACAUUUGUUAAUGCUGGCUGUGAGGCUUCAAGUCAAGCAGAAUUGGUUGUAGAAUUUUCGGCAGAUGAUAAGUAUCUAGGCGGGGAUGUUACAAGGACAGAUGAAUGCAUAAUUGAGGCUGGUGAUUACCCAUUUGUAUAUCAGUCUGCACGAUUCGGGAACUUUAGCUACCAGUUCAACAAUCUUCCCCCUGGGGAUUACUUUGUUGACCUUCAUUUUGCUGAGAUAAUGUAUACCUAUGGGCCUCGAGGAAUGAGAGUAUUCAAUGUCGUGAUUCAAGAUGAGAAGGUUCUCUCUGACUUUGAUAUAUUUGCCGUGGCUGGAGCAAACAAGCCACUUCGGCUUGUUGACUGUAGAGUCACUGUUAAGGAGGAUGGUAUGAUCCUAAUAAGGUUUGAAGGUGUUCAUGGAAGUCCUAUAGUUAGUGGAAUUUGCAUUCGCAAAGCACCAAAAUUGGCAGAUUCUCAGGUGACGCAUGAAGUAUUUAGGUGUCAGAAUUGUGCAGCUGAAAUAGAAGUUCUUCUAGCUCAGGAAAAGGGCUUGCGACCGAAAUCGACAGCUAAGUAUGAGAAAAAGAUAGAAGAAUUAAGUCAGCAGUGUCAGCGCAAAACAGAUGAAUGCUAUCAAGCCUGGAUGUCUUUGACAGCUGCAAACGAGCAGCUGGAAAAGGUUAGAAUGGAGCUUGACAACAGAGUUUUCCAGUCUUAUUCUCUAGACCAGACUGUGGAGAAACAGGCUGAAAGUUUAAAAGCUAUAUCUAGCAGGUACGAGCAGGAUAAGAAGUUCUGGAUGACAGCAAUAUCUGGUUUAGAAGAAAAAAUUAAGAAUAUGAAGGAAGAACAUUCUCAGCUUGCCCACAAUGCGCAUGAAACUGCUGAUUCAAUUCCCGAGUUAUCCAAUAUGGUUUCAGCAGUUCAGAUGCUAGUUGCUCAGUGUGAGGAAUUCAAACAGAAGUAUAUUGAAGAACAAAAGAAGAGAAAGAAGCUUUUUAAUGAAGUUCAAGAGGCCAAAGGGAAUAUCAGGGUCUUCUGCCGUUGUCGGCCUCUCAGCAAGAAGGAACAAACAGCCGGAUAUGCAACUGUAGUUGAUUUUGAUGGAGCCAAAGAUGGAGAACUUGCUAUUUUGAAUGGCGGAUCAAAUAAGAAGAUGUUCAAAUUUGACAGAGUUUACACACCAAAGGAUGAUCAAGCUGAUGUGUUCAUGGAUGCUUCUCCAAUGGCAACAUCGGUUUUGGAUGGGUAUAAUGUUUGCAUAUUUGCUUAUGGUCAAACUGGAACUGGGAAGACCUUUACAAUGGAAGGCACAGAGCAAAACCGUGGUGUGAAUUAUAGAACUCUUGAGAUGCUGUUUAAAAUUGCCCAGGAGAGGAGUGAUACCUACACCUAUGACUUAUCAGUUAGUGUCCUUGAAGUCUAUAAUGAGCAGAUCAGGGAUCUCUUGGGUUCCUCACCAACCUCUAAAAAGUUAGAGAUAAAGCAAGCUUCUGAAGGCUCGCACCAUGUUCCUGGAAUUGUUGAAGCAAAAGUGGAGAAUACUAAGCAAGUGUGGGAAGUACUGCGGGCUGGGAGUAAUGCAAGGGCUGUUGGGUCUAAUAAUGUGAAUGAGCAUAGCAGCCGUUCUCACUGCAUGCUUUCGAUAAUGGUGAAAGCAAAGAACCUGAUAAAUGGAGAAAGCACAAAGAGCAAGCUUUGGCUAGUAGAUUUGGCUGGUAGUGAGAGGCUUGCAAAGACGGAUGUGCAAGGAGAGAGGCUGAAGGAAGCUCAAAAUAUCAAUAGAUCAUUAUCAGCUUUAGGAGAUGUGAUAUCUGCUUUGGCAAACAAAAGCAGCCACAUCCCCUACAGGAAUUCCAAACUCACACAUCUGCUGCAGGAUUCAUUAGGAGGUGAUUCUAAGACAUUAAUGUUUGUACAAAUCAGCCCAUCAGAGCAUGACUUGGGUGAGACUUUGAGCUCACUAAAUUUUGCCAGUCGAGUCCGUGGGGUUGAACUUGCCCCAGCAAGAAGGCAGAUGGAUACAAGUGAGCUUCAGAAGACAAAGAUGCUGCUUGACAAAGCGAGGCAAGAAUCCAAAUCCAAAGAGGAAUCCAUAAGAAAGCUAGAAGAGACCCUCCAAAACAUUGAAUCUAAGGCUAGGAGCAAAGACCAGACUAAUAAAAAUCAGCUGGAAAAGAUUAGAGACCUUGAAGAACAACUAGGGUUGAAGGCAACUUCACACAGCCAUUCGGAGAAGCAGCUUCUACAACUUCAAGAAAAAUUGAAGGGCAGGGAAGAAGCUUGCUCUGUUUUGCAACAUAAGGUAAAAGAGUUAGAGGACAAGCUCAGAGAACAACAAUUUCAUGAUUCUGCAGCCUUACAGCAGGCAAGGGAUCUUGAGAAGAAGUUAAAAGAGCAAGUGCAUGAAUCUGAAGUUCAUUCUCUAGCUCUUCAACACAAGAUCAAAGAGCUGGAGCAAAAGAUAGAGCAUGAAAGAAAUACCGAGUCUAACUCUCUUCAUCAAAAGAUCAAGGAGCUCGAGCAAAAAUUGAAGGAUCAAGAAAGACAAUUAGAGCAAAGGAUACUGCAACCUUUGGACCAUGCUGAAGUAGCAGGUGCCACUCCUGUUGCAGGAAGGCCUUCUUUACGAGAUGAAACAAUGAUCGAGGCUGAUCCCUUUGUUUUGAGAAGCUCCAACUCAUCAAACAGGAUGAGUCAUGGCUCCACAAUGUCAAGAAGAAGUGAUAUUCCCACUGAAACCAGAAGGAAACGAGGGUUCAGAAGUGGAGAGACGGAGAACCAAAUGCCCGCUCCAGCUCCUUUCCAUGAUAAGAAGAUCAGGAAAUCUGACCCUCCUAAGCCAAUAUCUCGUGUCACAAAGACCACGAGACCUGUGGCUGCCCCUCCUCAGAGGCCCCUUGUUCACAGUAGAAUUACUAGAGAAAAAGAUACCAAAGAAAAGGUAGUAGCUAAGAAGAGGAUAUGGUCCUAAUACUUCUUAGAUUAGAACUCAAAUAGGCAUAGCUAACCGUUUAUUACAGGCAACUAACUUAUGUUGUCUUUGUAGUGUGUAAUCUUUGCGUUGAGCUACUCAGUGUGUUUCAUAUCUAUUUUAAGUGAUUUUUUCUUACGUUUCUCUUAAAAGU